AUGACGAUUACCAAGGACGACUCUGCCCCACUCAUCGCUGUCGUUGGUGCAACUGGCCUUCAAGGCGGCAGUGUUGUCAAUGCUUUGGCGGAAUCCAAACUUGCCUACCGUAUCCGAGCGUUCACACGCAAUGCUACCAAACCAGCGGCGGAAGUCCUAAAAGCCAAAGGAGUUGAGGUUGUGCAAGUCGAUCUGACGGUCGAGAACAAGGACCAAGUCUUCAAGGCCUUUGUUGGGACAAACUACGCCUUUCUGGUCACUAACUUCUGGGAACAUCUCAACAUGGAGAGGGAAGUUGCCGAAGGCAAGCUCCUUAUUGACGCUGCUAAAGCUGUCGGAGCUCGGGGCAUCGUUUGGUCUGGCCUCCCCUCCGUUUCCAAGGCCAGCAACGGGAAGUACACCCACGUUGUGCACUUCGAUGGCAAGGCUAUUGUGACCGAGUAUGGCCGCCAGUCGGGCGUGCCCUUCGUCAACGUCCCAGCUGGGUUGUACGCUCAGAACUUCUUUGGUCCCUUUGGGUUGAUUUUGAAGAGACCUGACGGCACAUUCGAGAUUGCUUGGAACAUGCGUCCCGGGAGUAAAAUUCCUCUCAUCGACAUCGUGAAGGAUUAUGGCCUUUUCGUUCGCAAAGCAAUCGAAUCAGAGCUGUUCCCAGAUGGACAAGAUAUCAACACCGUCAGCGAAGAUAUCGCUCCUACCCUCAUUGCUGAGCAGUUGUCCGAAGUCACCGGCAAGACUGUUGUCUACACUCAUCUCACGACGGAAGAAUGGGUGAAGAGGUUGAUCGGUGCCGGUCAGCCUGAGGCUAUCGCCAUUGAAUUAGUGCAAAGCUUCACUUUUUUCGAUGAGAUAGGAUACUAUGCUGGACAGCCGAGCGCAAGUACUGAAGGUCUGGGGACACCGACACAAACGUGGAAACAAUUUGCUCGAAGUGCCGAUUGGAGUAAAGUUUUGAUUUGA